AUGGCGACGCACGAGAUCCCAGCAUGGGAGGCACCUCCGGUGGCCGCCAAGAGCUCCAUCUUCAGGAAUCACUUCCUCUACGCCCCGUCAUUCGAUAAAGUCAAGUCUUUCUUCAGCAGAAAAAGCGCGUCUGAUAUCCAAACCCUCGAUAAAGGAGUUCCCGUCGAGGGGGUCCCCUCUAGUCGCAAGUACUGCGGGCUCAGUCGCCGAACAUGUAUUAUCCUACUCCUCGUAUCUAUUGCCCUCGUCGCCCUCAUUAUCGGUCUCGCAGUCGGGCUUACCCGCAAAUCAUCAAAAGCGCAAGAUUUGCCGCUACCAUCCAAUACCGGUAUUUUUACCGGUGAUUUGACGUACUACAGCCCGGGUCCAGGUUACGGCGCAUGCGGCUACGAGAAUACCUCGUCGGAUUCCAUAUGUGCGGUGUCGCAUAUCAUAUGGGAUGCAGCGUCCACGAGCGCGAAUCCGAAUAACAAUCCAUUGUGUGGGAAGAAGAUUCGGAUUACGAGAUAUGAUCAGAGUGUAGGCGGGAAUAGGAGUGUGGACGUGGAGGUCGUGGAUCGAUGUGUGGGAUGCAAGGCCAACGAUUUGGAUUUGAGCUUGAAGAUGUUUACGAGCUUGGCGGAUGAGUCGCUCGGGAGAGUGCUGGGAAGCUGGGCGUGGUUGAAUCAAACGCACACUCCGUAG